AUUCAGUAUGAAGAUUUUCCUUGAAGUUCGCACAAGUGCUAGUCUUUAUCAGUGAGAAGCAGUUGAAACAAUAUCUACUGUCGCGAGCGGAAGAGGAAAUUGAAGGAAAAAUAAUUGUGAUCAGUAACAAUAAAAAAUGGCAUCGACACCAAGAGCUAUACAGAAAUAUGAAAGCAAUAUACCUCGAGUAGGCAAUUGUUGCUUCUGCUUUGACAUGAAUGCUGGUGGCACAAUGAUGUCGGUAUUUGGAGUGAUUACAGGAUGUGCCUAUCUUGCUCGAUCUUUCUAUGUUCUUUACAAUCCACAUGCUUUUGAGAAGACACUUGAGGAAGAUGAUGCCUUAAAUAACGACGAUGAUAAUAUUUGGCUGGUUUACAUUUCAUUGAUGUUCUGUGGAUUUUUGUUUUUAAUUACAUCCGGCUUUAUGUUGUACGGAAGCGCUAAAAGAAUGUCUCAUCAUGUCUACCCAUUCUUGAUUGGAAUCCUUUUUAGCGCUGUUUGGGCAAUUAUUUUAGGGACGAUUGAAAUUUUUGACUCUGACAUGUUGAUAGCUUUUGGAUAUUUUGCAUUUGCUGCCUUACAAGUUUAUCUCUGGGUUUGUGCAGUUUCACUUUACAGAGAUCUCCUAGAAAUUGAAUUGGACCCAAACAAGCCAACACGUACAACGGUAUAA